UACAGCGCUUGCGUACAUGUCAGAUUACUUGGACGUUCUGCAUUUUACCGGGAUCUGUCAUCAAAAAAUUGUUGGAAAAAAUAGAUGUUCAGUGGAAAAUUCGCCAAUUUGUGAAGUGUUAGGUUUGAAUAAUGUCGAAACCUGAGCAGGUACUCAUUAUAGAACCCCAAAAUGAACUCAAAUUCAAAGGUCCCUUCAAUGUACCCGUUACCUCUUACAUGAAAUUAACGAAUCCCUCAGAAACAACAGUGUUCUUCAAGAUCAAGACUACAGCCCCAAAGAAAUAUUGCGUUCGACCCAAUUCUGGUAAACUGUUACCAAAGGAAGUAGCAGAAAUUGCAAUAACCCUACAACCUUUGGAAUCUGGUGUAGACAAGAACAAACACAAGUUCAUGGUGCAGAGUGUUUUUGUUCCGGAAGUUUUACCCGAAGAACAAUCCUCGUUCAAUGUUGACCGCAUCUGGAAAUUGCUGUCACCAGAGGAAUUCAUGGAUUCUAAACUGAAGUGCGUCUUUGAGCUCCCACCGGAAGAGAUCAACAAAGAGAGGAAGCAGGAUGAACCAGUAGAAGCUAGUCCUAACACUACACCGCCAGCAGUACCCAACGAUCAGACUAACGUUGUGACAGAGGGAAUAUUAGUGAAAGAAAAAACCGAGGAAUUUGAUGAUGUUUUUCUCUGUUCUCAGCUAAAGGAAUUGAGAGAAAGCGAGCAUUCACUUCGACAAGAGAACAACCGACUGAAAGAGGAGGUUCUACGUCUGAAGAUGAACACUAGAGGCAAUCUAAAAACAGAAACAGUCAACAAAUAUCAGCCGCCAGCGUCGCAAGAAAACAUGGCCGUCCUGAUCAUAGUAGCUGUAGUUCUGGGCAUUUUAGGCAUGAUACUGGGCAAGUUCAUGCUCUGAAACUCUGGAAGGAAAAGACUUAGCUUCAUGCCGGGACUCCACUGUAUUAUAUAUUUAUUACAGUUAUUUCAUUAUAAUUAUAUACUGUAAAAUAAAUAAAUUCUAGUGCAUACGCCCCACGUGUAUGCUACUUCUUGGUGGCUCUCGUUCCAUUAUCUUGCUGUUUUUAUACAUUUUUAAUUUUCGUUGCACAUUUUUUAACAAUUAUAUUCUUCCACUUGUCUAUUCCUUGGUCUUUGAUCGUGUCUCAAUUUUUUUUGGCUGUAGUUUAAUUUUUAAGAUUUUAAAUUCAUAUUAAAAAUUCUCUUGUAUAUUUUUUUGUUUACAACAUGACCCCUUGUUUUUGAAUGUAGCAAACUGACGAGUGGGUGUGCAAAUAAAUGUUCUUAUGUAAAUAUAUAUAAUUUCUUUGUUGGA